AUCCUAACUCCCAUUGGUUCCCAAAUAUUUCUCCCCAUUUCCCUUAUUUUCACAUUCCAAAACUUUCAUUACACUAAUUUCUUGGUCACCCUUAUUCACCCCCAAAAACACACACACACACACACACACACACACACAGACCUCCCACCAAUGGCAGCCACAAUGGCCACAACCAUGGCACUCCUCAACCCCAAAUGCUUCACCCCCAAAACUGCCACCGCCUCCGCCAAGCCCCUCUUCUCCCUCCCCAAAUUCCUCACCCCCGCCUCCGCCGUCCCCCUCACCGCCCCGGCCGUGGCGGGAGCCGUCUUCGCGGCCCUGUCGGCCGCGGACCCGGCCUUCGCGGCCCAGCAGCUGGCGGAGAUCGCGGAGGGGGACAACCGCGGCAUCGCGCUCCUGAUCCCCAUCAUCCCGGCGAUCCUGUGGGUGCUCUACAAUAUCCUGCAGCCUGCGCUCAACCAGAUCAACAAGAUGAGGGUCAGCAAGGGCCUCAUCGCCGGCCUAGCGGCGGCGGGGCUCUUCCAUCCGCAAGAGGCGGCGGCUGCGGCGGAGGCGGCGGCGGACAACAGGGGGCAGCUGCUACUGUUUGUGGUGGCGCCGGCGAUUGGGUGGGUGCUUUACAACAUCUUGCAGCCUGCUUUGAACCAGAUUAACAGGAUGAGAUCGGAUUGAGUAAAAAGGAUGUGUGUAAUUGUAUGAAAUCUUCUUUUUUUCAUGUACUAUUCCUCUUAAUAGAAACUCUUUCUUGCACAA